AUGACAGUGGACAUGGUUGCAAUUUGUUCCGAAAGUCACUGGGGAAUCAAUUGUAGUCUGACUUGUAACUCAAAUUGUUAUAAUAAUGAGUGUCAUCCAGUGACAGGAAGCUGCAGCCUCGGCUGUAUUGAGGGAUACCAACUUCCCAACUGCACUCUGGCUUGUGACAAAGUGAAUUACGGAAGAAACUGUUCUCUCAAUUGUUCUGUCAACUGUGUCAAUCAGGAGUGCAACGCAACGGACGGUUCCUGUUCAUGUCUAGCUGGUUACGAGGGAAGCACUUGUCAACAAAGAAUAGGAUCUUCAGACAGUUCAACGGAUUCCGUUGGAGUUAUUGUUGGAUCAGUGGUAGCAGCCUUGGUUGUGAUAAUAAUUAUUUUUUCUAUUGUCAUUAUAUGGAGAAGAAAGAGAACACCAAAUUACAAGAAAGAAUUUCAAGAUAACGGACAUCACAAUAUUGUAGUACUGGACAAUCUGAAGGAUGAACAAUAUACCUUAACACCGAAAAAGAUUCGCAUCAAUGAAGAGGAUAAAGAACAAAGCAAUCCGUACAUUGAGAUACCAGAAGAUUUCGCUGCCGAUACAAUGAUGGCUGUUGGAAGCUUGAACACGUACAUGAAAUCCAAAGACGCAGAAUUUUACAAAAAACAAUUCGAGAGAAUUCCCCAAGCUGGAAAUGUAACCCAAGAUAUUGGUCUGUCUAAAGAAAAUAAACAUAAAAAUAGAUACAAGAACAUUUGCCCAUACGAUCAUUCCAGAGUUCAUUUGGAGAUAAAUACAGACCAAAAUGAAUUGGAUUACAUCAAUGCUUCAUAUAUCAGGGGUUUCAAUGACGAAGUAAAUUUCAUAGCAACCCAGGGUCCGCAGAAAUCAACGAUAAGCGACUUUAUCAGAAUGCUUUGGGAACAGAGAAUAGAUAUAGUUGUUAUGUUGACAGAUCUAGUAGAGGAAACUAAGGUGAAAUGUGAGAAGUACUGGCCAGACUCUGGCAAGAUCAGAGUUGGUCAAAUCAAAGUGAACCUUGGAUCUACACAAGUAUUUGCUGACUACACCAUUAGAAAACUUGAGCUAUUUAAGAAAGGGGAGGCAAGUCACAGUUUCACUCAGUUCCAUUUUACCUCCUGGCCAGAUAAAGGUGUUCCAUCCACUCAGUGGAGCUUGGUGGAUGUUGAGCAGAGAGUGGCAUCCAUCCCAACGAAGAGACCAAUAGUCGUGCACUGUAGCGCUGGAGUUGGUCGAACUGGGACCUUCAUAGCUCUGUACAACAUCAUGAGGCAGGCAGAAGAGACUGGACUUGUAGAUUUUUUCAAAACUGUUUCCAAAUUAAGAGAAGACAGGAUCUUCAUGGUUCAAACAUCUUCUCAGUAUGAGUUCCUCCAUAAGGCUGCUCAGGUCGCUAUCGCCUGCAUGAAGACGACAGUCCACGCCCAUGACUUCAGUGAUAGAUUGAAUGUUCUAGAGCGACAACACAUUCUGGGAAGUACAAUGCUGGAAACUGAGUUCAAUAGUCUGUGUGCUGUAGUUGAUAGAAGUGAGCAGAACUUUCAAGAUGAAUUUAAUGUUUAUGAAAAUGAGUCAAAAAAUAAGAUUGACAGUGACUACGAACUUGAACACGAGACGAAGACUAAUGCCAAAAACAAUUUUCUAUUUCUUCCGGGUUACAAGCAAAGAGAUCAACACAUUCUAACCAAGAUACCGUCGACUUCAGAAGAAGCUUUAACGUUGUGGAAAUUUGUUGUAGACUACUGUGUAUCACUUAUAGUUGCUUUUGACAUUGACUUAAACAGCCAGUGCUGCGUUGUGGUGUAG